GCGGAAGCUAGGCCGGAAGUGCAUCUCCUCGCUUCGCCCGCCUCUUCCGGCUCACUUCCGCCCACUCCACCCAGGCAGCUGGCCGGAAGCGUUCCGCGUUACCUGGGUCCUGCUUCUCUGGAUCGAGUCCGGACACCGCCUAACCGCCAAAAUGCCGGCUUACCACUCCUCCCUCAUGGACCCUGACACGAAGCUCAUCGGAAACAUGGCCCUGCUGCCCCUCAGAAGUCAGUUCAAAGGACCCGCCCCUCGAGAGACAAAAGACACAGAUAUUGUGGAUGAAGCCAUCUAUUACUUCAAGGCCAACGUCUUCUUCAAGAACUAUGAAAUUAAGAAUGAAGCGGACAGGACCUUGAUCUACAUCACACUCUACAUUUCCGAGUGUCUAAAGAAACUCCAAAAGUGCAAUUCCAAGAGCCAAGGCGAGAAGGAAAUGUACACGCUAGGAAUCACCAACUUCCCCAUCCCCGGAGAGCCUGGCUUUCCCCUCAAUGCCAUUUACGCCAAGCCCGCGAACAAACAGGAGGAUGAAGUCAUGCGGGCGUACCUACAGCAGCUGAGGCAAGAGACUGGACUGCGGCUCUGUGAGAAAGUGUUCGACCCUCAGAAUGAUAAACCCAGCAAGUGGUGGACUUGCUUUGUGAAGAGACAGUUCAUGAACAAGAGUCUCUCGGGACCUGGGCAGUGAGUGGAGCGCUGGGCAGCAUCACAUCGAGGUGGACACAGUCCUUCGUGUCCGUUCAUUAUGUAUGGCGAGGAGAGAGCGCGUCUUUGUCGGAAAAGCUCUUGAUGGAGAAUUUGGGGGUGCGUGUCAGGUCAUCUGAAUUUUUGGCAAUUUCAAGCUGGUACUUAAUAUGUAAUAAAUGUCACUGCAUACCUUAGCCAUUGAAUUAAAACAUUUUUGAGAUAAA